AUGUCGUCAGGCAGGUUCGUGCUGGCGUGGGUGGCCGUAGCGGUAGGCGGAUUGGCGGCAGUAUCUACUGUUUCCGGGGGGGAUGUAGCCAGGCCUUUGCUUGUACGCAGUGGGUAUGGAAACCCCAUCUCGUGCGUGACGCCCUCUAUUCCCGUAAAGCCGUCCAAAGAGGACUACCAGGCCUGUCUAAACGAGUACACCAUUGGGGAACUUACGGACCAUGAGUGGUUUAGGCUGAAAUGGGGAAAUGUGGGUGUGAUGUGCCGCGCGAGCACGCAAUUUAUGUCAAUUCUCAUGGAGGAUAUGACGCGUCAUCCCGUGAAUCCCUUUCGUACCAUGAUCUCUAAACUCCGCCGCAUUGCUGGAUCGAUCGACAGUAGGAGUGUAACGAUACCCCUCAACCCGCGCUGCGAGUGCAAUCCAAGGAGCCCGACACCCAUCUUUACGAGCGUGCACGAAAACGAGCAGUUUAUCAAAGGUGUGAAGGUCCUCUCGCACCCCCGUUCUUUCUACGAGUUCUUCCCAAACAAGUCGACCUGCGAGGCGCCUUUUGAUUUCACGCAACUGUUGGGGGUUAAUCCUCCUGCCAUGACCACUUCCGCGGCCCCUGCGCUGCAAGGAAUGCCACUCUACGAAUUCAGGGAGAUUCAGAGCUGCACCUGGAGAGUAACCGUUCUCUUCGAGCCGCGGGUGCUCGCAUCAAGAAACGAAAUCAAGUUGAUCUUUCCCUCCGAAGUGACGAGCCGAGAUGCUGCGGGGGUUCCCGCAUCCAAAGCAUCAGACGCCAUACUCUACAACGGAGGGCUGCCGCUCACUCUUCCCCCUGGCUGUCAAAUGCGAAAUGUUCCUAUCGAGUUUCGUGCCUGGAUCCGUUCCGUCAGCCUCUCUGCGCAAUCCUUGGGCAACUUUCAGAGCGAUCAACUACGACAGCAUCAUCCGUACCAACAACAACUGCUCUCCGGGCAGUGGGAGAAUGCCUAUGAGCUAACGCUGCAAGUCGAGACAAGCGGGGUGCCUUUAGGGCCGCUUGAGGAUAUCGUCCACUACCACCAUGUUCCGUGCAUUUCCGACUUCAAUCUGGCUACCGAGAGGAGUUUGAAAUGA